AUGUCAUCUGAACCAGUCAUGCAAGCCAAGACAAAGUCUAAAAGGUUAAACGUUCACAACCUGUUAGAUGAGUUCGACCACAUAGAAGAUCCUUUUGAAAGAAGAAGAUUAGCUUUGGAAAAAAUUGACAAUGCCAAGUUCUCUUUGUACCAUGUUAGAGCCAUUAUGGUUGGUGGUAUUGGUUUUCUGACCGAUUCUUACGAUAUCUUUGCCAUUAAUUUAGCGACCAGCAUGCUGGGCUACGUUUACUGGGGAGGUGCCCAUGGAGGUACCGGUCGGAUCCCCUCGUCCACAGAGUCCCUGAUGAAAGUGUCUACAUCCGUGGGUACAGUAUUGGGUCAGGUGGUCUUUGGUAAGCUGUGUGAUUAUGUCGGACGAAAAAUUUGGGGUAUUGAAUUAAUCAUUAUGAUUACAGCUACUAUUCUUCAGGUCUGUGCUGGUGAAUCCCCCGCUGUCAACUUUGUUGCUCUACUGACUUUUUACCGUAUUGUUAUGGGUAUUGGUAUUGGAGCAGAUUACUCUUUGUCAUCUACUAUUACUUCUGAAUAUUCUACAAAAAAUACUAGAGGUAUGAUAAUGGCUGCUGUUUUUGCCAAUCAAGGUUGGGGUCAAUUACUUGCCGGUAUCGUUGCUUUGAUCUGCGUGGUUGGUUGGAAAUCGGAUUUGAUCGAUGCAACCAAUGCCUCAGAAUGUGUUGGUCCUUGUGUACUAGCAUUGGAUAAGAUGUGGAGAGUUUUAGUUGGAUUCGGUGCCGUUCCAGGAUGUAUUGCUUUGUACUUCAGAUUGACCACUCCAGAAUCCCCAAGAUAUAAACUUCACAAGGAGUUACAGGCUUAUGAGCAACAAAUGGCCCGUCAAAACGAUAAGAUGCAGCUAAUUGCUGCUGAGAACGCUAACAAUGAAACUGCUGCAGCUCCCCUUACUUUUGCUGACCGUGCUGUUCUUGAAGAGGAAGAAGAAGAACAUAAAGUCCAACCUGCUACCUGGGCUGAUUUUUGGAAUCACUACCGUCAAUGGAAGUACGGAAAGUUUUUGAUUGGUACUGCAGGUUCUUGGUUCUUGUUGGAUGUUGCCUUUUACGGUUUGAAUUUGAACUCUGCUGUCAUUCUCCAGGCAAUUGGCUUUGCCUCCGAUGAAAAUGUUUAUGAAAAACUGUACAAUGUCUGUGCUGGUAACCUUAUUUUGAUUUGUGCAGGUGCUCUACCUGGCUAUUGGGUAUCAGUUGCUACAAUUGAUACCUUGGGUAGAAAGUUCAUCCAGCUGAUGGGAUUCAUUGUUGUUACCGCUCUUUUCUGUGCCAUCGGAUUUGCAUACGAUAAAUUAUCUGACAAGGGGCUUUUGGGUCUUUAUAUCAUUGUUCAAUUUUUUAUCAACUUUGGUCCAAACUGUACCACAUAUAUUUACCCAGUGGAAAUUCACCCAACUCGUUUCCGUUCCACUGCCCAUGGAAUUUCAUCUGCAUCCGGAAAGAUUGGAGCCAUCAUUGCCCAAACAGUACUGGGUACUCUAAUCAACCAUGGAUGUUCCGCAGACAAGCCAAAUUGUUUUCUUCCACACGUAAUGGAGAUAUUUGCUCUGUUUAUGUUGUUAGGCGUUGGAACGACACUGUUGUUACCAGAGACGAAGAAAAAGUCAUUAGAGGCCAUUGGGGAGAUUUAUCACGGCGAGCUCAACCCAGACGCUUUUGCUGCCGACGAGGAGGACCUCAGCUCCAGCACUGGAGUGGAUCAAGAAUUGGUUAACUACCAGGAACAAAAACACGUCUAG